UGGAGAAGAGAUGAAAGGAUCAGAUUUAACUCAUCAAAGAGAAAGACCAGACUCAGAGGAACCAGAGCCAGGGACGUCCAAACCAGCAAGACGACACCAGUGCUCCCAGUGUGGAAAGGGUUUUAACGAUUUAGGGAACCUGAUAAAGCACGAGAGAAUACACACAGGAGAGAAGCCUUACCACUGCUCCCAGUGUGGAAAGAGUUUUAACGUUUUAGGGAACCUGAUAAAGCACGAGAGAAUACACACAGGGGAGAAGCCUUACCACUGCUCCCAGUGUGGGAAGAGUUUUAACAAUUUAGGGAACCUGAAACGACAUGAGAGAAUACACACAGGGGAGAAGCCUUACCACUGCUCCCAGUGUGGAAAGCGUUUCAACCAGUCAGGGGAUCUGAAGAAACACGAGAGAAUACACACAGGGGAGAAGCCUUACCACUGCUCCCAAUGUGGGAAGCGUUUCAACAGGUCAGGGGAUCUGAAAAAACACGAGAGGAUACACACAGGGGAGAAGCCUUACCACUGCUCCCAGUGUGGAAAGUGUUUCUACCAGUCAGAGGAGCUGAAACAGCAUGAGAGAUUUCACACAGGGGAGAAGCCUUACCACUGCUCCCAGUGUGGAAAGAUGUUUAACCAGAAAGGACACCUGAAAGCUCAUGAGAGAAUACACACAGGGGAGAAGCCUUAUCACUGCUCCCAGUGUGUCAAGUGUUUUAACCAGUUAGGGAGCCUGAAACAACAUGAGAGGAUACACACAGGGGAGAAGCCUUACCACUGCUCCCAGUGUGGAAGGAGUUUUAACCGGAAAAACAGACUGAACCAACAUGAGAAAAUACACAGAGGGGAGAUGCAUUACCACUCCUCCCAGGGUGCAAAGCUUUUGCCAAUUUAGGAAGCCUGAAAAAACAUGAGACACAGAGGAGAAGGCUUUACAGAAGGUUAGAUUUUGGGAAAACAUAUUACUCAUAACAAUCACUUAAAGAUCAUUAGAGAAUCCACACAGGAGAGAGAAAUUACUUCUCUUAGCAUGUAUAUUUCACAUCUAAUGUUUCUUACAAUUCAUCUGAGAACAUACACAGUGCUCCCGUUGUCUCCCGUAUAAUGUGUUUACCUGUUUUUACCAGAUGAAAUUGCUUCUUCCAAUUAUUGAUAAACAUGUACCUGUUAAGAAACUGACUGUUAGAACUGUUCCAUGGAUUGAUGAGGAAUUUAAAAACUGUAUGUUUGAAAGAGAUGGGGCAAAAGGAGUAGUGAAUAAGUCUGGCUGCACAUCUGGCUGGCUGUUUUACUGCAAAUUGAGAAAUUAUGUGACCAAACUCAACAAAAAUAAUAUGUUUUAUUAAGAAGCCAAGAUCAAUGAUA